AUGAGUACUCUGAUACCAGUGGGCCUCCUCAAGGAUAAUAAUUCAGCGACUACAUGGACGGUAGGUGCACGUUCCCUUGAAUCGUCUCUAUUAACACGCAUCCUGCGCAGCAAUUCGAACUCUUCAGUCGGAGUCAACCGUGCGGUUAACAUAGAAAGCUGGACGCGCCUUAUCAUCGCCGGGCUAGUCUCUAUCGCAGGAAUCGUCGUUCCCCUACGCAUUGACUCUAGUGCCCUAUGCAUAUACCCCGAUCCAUCCCCGAUGGGAUUUGGGACGCCCCCACGGAGUAACCUCAGCUAUAACCAACUCUGUAUCCAACAGUCUUGUCUCGGCUCGAACACCGUCAUGCACGUCUGGCCGAAUGGCACCGUAACUUUGCCGUAUGGGAAGAAUGCCACAAUACCACAGAAUCGAACGCGCACCUUUCAAAGCGGCCUGCAAACGAUGGCCCUGACAGUGCCAAGCAUCUGCGAUAUCCAUGGCGGAAUUACGAGUUAG